UUGAUAGUGCAGCCAUUGCAAAACUUCACCCUAACCGACUCACUCAAAACACAGAAUCAUUCAGUAAGGAACUGCUGUGUGUUGCUCAGAGACAAUUUUGCAUCUAAAAUAACUACCACUCAACGAUCCCAAUUCACACUUGGAAAUAGAGAAAAGCGUGAAGAUGAAGAAUACAACAAAACCCUGCAGAACAGAGCAUCACAAUGCUGAAGGACAAAGAGAUCGCAUGGAGGGAAACAAGAAAGGAGAAACAAAGGCCAAAAAAUCAGUCGCCUGCUCUCAUUGCAAAAAACGAUUCUCACAUAAAGCGCACCUUCAGAUUCACAUGAGAGUUCACACUGGAGAGAAGCCAUAUCGAUGUGAUCAAUGUGGGAAAUGUUUCCCAUACAAACAAAGCCUUAAACUACACCUGGAUAUCCAUGCCAAGGGGAAUCCAUACACGUGUGAUGAGUGCGGGGAGAGUUUCAAAACCAGGUUACAAUUGAGGAGCCACAUGACACUCCACCCUAAAUACAAGCCGUACAAAUGUGAUCAAUGCGAGAAGAGUUACGGGAGAGAAGACCACCUUCAGAGACACAUGAAGCUUCACACAGGGGAAAAGCCGCACAAGUGCGAACACUGCGGAAAGAGUUUCCCGAUGAGAGAUUUGCUUAGGAGCCACUUAAUGGUGCACAGCGAAGUGAAGCCGUACACAUGUGAUCAAUGCGGAAAGGGUUUUACACUCAAAAAAAGCUAUAAUGAACACAUGAAUAUUCACACUGGAGAGAGGCCGUACACAUGCGAUCAAUGCGGGAAGGGUUUCCCUUAUGAACAGAGUCUUAAUCUGCACAUGAGAUUUCACCGAGAAGAAAAACCCUUCACUUGUGAUCAAUGCGGCCAGAGCUUCUCACAGAAAGGAGCCUAUAACAUCCACAUGAAAAUCCACACUGGAGAAAAGCCGUAUACCUGCGAUCAGUGCGGGAUGAGUUUCAGACAUGGAUACUCUCUCAAAUUACAUAUGACGCACCAUACUGGAGAAAAACCAUUUCACUGUGAUCAAUGUGAUAAAUGUUAUAGUACGGCAUUAUUCCUGAAGAACCACAUAAAAACUCAUGAUAAGGCUCAAAUUUACUCAUGUUUAACUUGUGGAAAGACUUUUAAUCAGUUGAGGGGUUUGAGGUUGCAUGAGAAAAGGCACAGCCUUACAAAGCCUUUUAUGUGCUUUGAUUGCGGAAAGUGCUACUUUACAGAUACUGAGCUGAAACAGCAUCUGCCAGUUCACUCUAAUGAAAGACCUUACAUGUGUUCACUCUGUUUUAAGAGUUUCCCCAGAAUGGGAAGCUUGAUAGUUCAUGAGAAGACCCAUAAUGGAGAGAAACCCGAUUGCCGCACUGGAAGUAAAAAGAGCCAGGAUGAGUGAGAGCAUAAUGAAACAUCUUUAUUAAAUAUGUUUGCUUUUUGAUAUAAACUUUAUCAUGAAGCUUGUUUGUUUUAAGGUCAGGUAUUCUGUGACACUAUUACUCGGGGAUAGUUUAUAGUCUUUUAUUGAAGUAGUUGUUUACAAAAUGUUCUUGUCAAUUAACUUUGUAACUUGCUAACAAUUAUAUUCCUUUUCUUUUAACUUUUAAAUGUUAUGAAUCUUUCUCAAUUGUUUUAACUGUUUUUUAUAGGCUUAUAUAUUCUCUUUAGCUCAUAUAUUCUGUUUAGUAUAUAUUGAAUUCCCUCUUUUUGUGCUUUUUUUAAUUCAACAUUAAGAAUUUUACAGAAACAACUUGAUAAUGCCAGUCAAUAACAGUUUAAGAAAUGCAUCUAACUUGUAUCUUAGAAAAAGAAUAAAGUUCUUAAACACCUAA